AUGUAUCACUGGGCUCCCUUUGUUGCGGGUUUGAUCAUUUCUGAGAUUCCAUACCUAAUUGUCUGCGCGUUACUCUAUUACGUCUGUUGGUAUUUUACUUGCGGACUGCCUACUGCGCCCGGAAAUGCCGGCAGUGUCUUCUUUGUGGUGGUAAUGUACGAGUGCCUUUACACCGGUAUCGGCCAGAUGAUUGCCGCCUACGCUCCUAAUGCCGUCUUCGCAUCGCUUGUCAACCCGCUCGUCAUCACGACCCUUGUCUCUUUUUGUGGCGUCAUGGUGCCAUACAGCCAGAUUGAACCGUUUUGGAAAUAUUGGAUGUACUAUGUCGACCCUUUCAACUAUCUCAUGAGCUCCCUGCUUGUUUUCACCACAUGGUCCAAGCCGGUCACUUGUACUCCUGAUGAGGUCGCCUUGUUUGACCCACCAGUCAAUCAAACCUGUGGUGAAUACCUUGCCACCUACCAGCAGGGCAUGGGGGUAGGAACAAACCUCCUCAACCCGAGUGCGAACGCCGAUUGCCGCGUUUGCCAGUACACCACUGGUGGAGACUACCUCAAGUCUCUGAACCUUGCAGAGGAGUACUUUGGGUGGAGGAAUGCUGGCCUCGUUGUUGUUUUCGUACUUGGUAUCUACGGAUUGGUGUUCUUGAUGAUGAAGUUGAGAACGAAGGCUACCAAGAAGGCCGAGAACUAG